GACAGAGAACAGAGACCCAUCUUAUUGCCACUGUUGGGGUGUGUGGGGGAGGGGCCUGACUUCCUUGCUAGGGACUGGGGUCGGUCAGGAAGUGGGUCUUGGAAAAGGGGGGUGAGUGGAGCUGGAGCAAUAGCACAGCGGGUAAGGUGCUUGCCUUGCACAAAGACUACCAAGGUUCAAUCCCCAGCAUCCCAUAUGGUUCCCCAGCCACCCAGGAGUGAUUCCUGAGUGCAGAGUCAGGAGUAACCCAUAAGCGCCUCCACAAGUGGGGUGAGUGGCGGUACUAGUCAGGAGUAACCCCUGGCCUCUCCAAAACAACUGGGGUGAGUGGCAGUACUAGGCAAUGGGUGGGGAAGGUGUGUUCUACACGGAAAGGGUGGCCUGUGCUAAGUCCCAGGGCUGGGAGGCCGGAUUGGAGGUGGCUAAAGAGUUGGCAGGAGCUUGCACUGUCCCAGUGCGGGUCUCAGUAGCGGCCGCACUAGGGUGUGGGGCUGCCCUGGGCAGUGAGGAAGCGGUGGGGUUCAUAGGCCGCCCAGUCCCCAGCUGGAGAUGCAAGAACAGCUGCGGCUCCUGACUGUUUUGAGCCUGGGUUUCUUCACCCCGUGGCCUCGACCCAGAAGGCGCUCGGAGGCCGGCUGCGACCCACUGACUGCGAGGUCCCCGCGGGCAAGUGCCAUGCACCGAAGCGUGUCGGUUUCGCCCCCCGAGGAAUCCAUCCAGUCCCUAACCCAUCUCUGCAGGGCUUCCCCGGGUCCCAGGCCUCAUGCCCGAGAGGCCACGGUCGUUCCCACGGCGCGUCUCCCGGGCCCCCGCGGUCGCUAGGCUGCGGGCGGCGGCGGCGGCCCUGCAGGUCGACGCGGCGGCGGCGGAGCGGAUGGCGGCGGAGCCCGGGCGCCAGUGGGUGCAGGCGCGCGGCGCCUACGGGGCGAGCGAGGCGCUGCGGCGCGCCGCGGGCCGCCGGCGGGAGCCCGGGCCGCAGACCAACGGGCCGGGCCCGGAGGAAGCGCGCGCCCCCGGCCGCCUGGCUCGCCUGCGGGGCCAGCUGCGCGCCGAGGCGGCGGCGCGGGCCGACGCGCCCAAGCUGCUGCGCGUGGUGGAGCGCGCGGGGCAGGGGCCGGCGGAGCGAGCGGACGCGCGCAGCCGUGACUCGGUGUGCUCGGUGUGCGGGGAGCCGCGCGGCGGGGCCACCUACCCGGCGGGCGUACUGGAGGUGAGCGAGCGGCGGCUGCAGGAGGGCCUGGCGGCCGUGCGCGCCGAGCUGAGCGCCGGGCUCGAGGCGCUGCGCGCCGAGCUGCGCGCCGAGCUGGACGCCCUGCGCGCGCUGCUGCCCUCGCCGCCCGCUCGCCGGGAGCCCCGCGCCGGCCCGCGCCCCGCGCCCCGCGGCCCCGCCCUGCUGCGGGCGCUCGGCACCGUGAACGCGCUGGCGGCCGCCCAGAGACCCGCGGACGAUGCGCCCGACGGCGCUCCAGACGGCGCCGCCGCCGCCGCCCGGGCUCCGGCGCGGAAGAACUUCAAGAAGACGCCGGUGCCCGCCGCGGCCGCGCAGGCCCAGGGCGGCGGGGAUUGAGCGCGGGGCCGCCUGCAUCAGGAGCAUUCCACAUGCUCGGGAAAGGACGGACGCCUUGUUCCGCUGCGGGGGGCGCUGUCCUGCGGACUGCACUGGACGGUAUGCAUGCGCUCAGGGGACGAAGGAGAAAUGAGACGCCUCUGGGCCUGGAGCUGGGUAAGGGUGUGAACUGCGGCGGGGCGGCAACUGCAAGACCCAACGGCCUCCAGGGAGGGGUGGUCUCUAAUAAGGGUAAGCGUGGCCUCCUGGCACUGGAAAUGACCCACACUCCAGUCACACAGAGCUCGGAGCACAUGCCCACCUGGACUAAGCGUCUCCCAAGAGACAGCCAGCCCUACGCGGCCAGUUGUGUUUGUGCCGGUCAGCCCUGGCCGCCAGGAACAGCACUUCUAGGACAUGAGGCUCCAGCCAGGGGCGCCUGGACUCACUCGAGUUUGCUUUGACUGCAAUCAAGGACACUUACCUCAAGGACAGUUAGGCUCACAACAGUCACCUGCACACCGUGUCUUUCCAGGAGGUGUCACUGUCCACAGGUUCACUUCCCAGGGCCACCUGCUGUGCUCCCUCCCUUCAACUUUUCACCAGCCUUGUCUGUCCCCCACCGUCUGCCUGCAGCGUCCCUCCAUGAGCCCUUGGGGAAAACUAGCUGUAGCCCCUGUUGAAUCCUGCAGACUCCUGGCUCUUGGCCACUUGCUUUUUAAAUAAAAUGUCAUCUUUGGUGUUAACUUUUUGUUUUUUAUGG